AUGUGUUGCUGCUGUUUGACGGUCUCGUAUCAUUUGGUGCUGAAUCUGGUCGAUCGUUUCCUGGAGACGAUACGUGAUGUGAUUUAUUGUCGCUCCCGAGACGAGCCGUCAAGCCAAUCGGACGAAAGUGUUGUAGAUCGAGCAAGCGCUUCGUCGAGUGUUGACUGUAGUUUGAAGCAAUCUGUGCAGUUGACCGAUAACAACAAGGUGGAACCAGUGUUGUCCGCGAGCACCAAACCACGCUACGUUCUGCUGAACGACACCAUAGAGCUACAGCCUUUCUACUACGACAUCGAUCGUCGGCACAGUGAGCUUCUACUGAAGAAUCGCCCAGAAGGGACCUGUCUGGUGCGACCAUUCAAGAUCAAGCAUGAAACCAUCCGGUACAUUUUAUCGAUCCGUGCCGAAAGUACCUACUUUCAUCUGUUCAUACGGAACGCCGGACAGAACGGGAUGUAUGCGCUGGGACUGGAGAAACGGUGUGAAAAGCGAUUCAAGUUCCCGUCCGACAUCGUGGCCUACUACCAACUGCACUCGCUCGAGUGUACUCGAGCCACGAUGCUCGCAAGGCUCAAACUGAUCCCGCUGCAGCUGUAG